GUUACUCAGACAGUAAAAGGGGCAAGAAAAAUGACAGAAAACAAGCAAAAACUUUGGAUGGAAGAUCAGACAGACAGAGAAGUUUAAAAUGUGAUGAAAAUAGUGAGAAAAUCCAUGAUACCAGUUCUGAUGGAAGUUACUCUGACAGUAAAAUGGGCAAGAAAAAUGACAGAAAACGAGCAAAAACUUUGGAUGGAAGAUCAGGCAGACAAAGAAGUUUAAAAUGGGAUGAAAACAGUGAGCAAAUACAUUAUACCAGUUCUGAUGGAGGUUACUCACACAGCAAAAGGGGCAAGAAAAAUGAAAGAAAAAAAGCAAAAAUCUUAGAUGGAAGAUCAGACAGACACAGAAGUUUAAAAUGGGAUCAAUACAGAGAGAGAACUCUUGAUACAAGUUCUGAUGAAGGUUAUUCAGAGAGGGACAUUGAUGCAGCUAGAGAUGCUGAUGAAGUUACACACCAUUGUCAUGCAAAGGAACAUUCAAAACACCAGAGUGAAUCAUUGGAAUACUUGGCUGACAAUAGGAGCUUCAAGAACAGAGACUAUGAAGACACAGAAAAUUCCCCUGCUCAGACCAAGAAAAGGACUAGGCAUAGGAGUAGCAAAGGGGGAUAAACCAAAUGACUAUGGAAAUUUGGUAUUUUACUGAAAAUUAAACACUAAAUAGAUGUUUUAUUGAUUUUUUUCCUCA